ACCCCCUCAUCCCCCCACUCUUCAUUUCAAAAACCUUCACCACACCAAAUUCUCUUGCCAACUUUCUAAGGAAAUUAAACCAUGAAGAUCUUCAAUUGGGUGCACAAGAGGUUUCAUCCUAACAACACUCUCAACGAUGGAUUUGCUUCAAACAUGAAAAAGAAUGAACCUUCAAUCAACAACACUGAUAAUCAAGCUUUGUUGAAACAAGUUGCUUUGACCGAUAUGCUCGGUGAUUGGAAAGACGGAAUUCUUACCAUUGGUACUCUUGGCUAUGAUCCUUUGAAAUCCAUGAACAAUCACAAAGAAUACUUUGCUUUGGAAGCUGAAAAACAACAUGAUAUAGUUGUUGAUGAUGAUGAUGUUGAAAAUUUCUAUGAUGUUGAACAAGAGGAACUGAAUCCAUUGAUCAACAAUACAUUUGAUGAGAACAACUUUGAGGUUGUUAUUUGUGAAAACCAUGAUGUAGUUGAUGAUGAUGCUAGAAAAGAGGAAGAAAUGAUUAUUAGAAACUUUAAGGAAAUUGUUGAGGUGCCACCUAUGAUUUGUCAUGAAAUCAUGGAGGCAAAUGAUGUUGAAGCUGAUCAAAAGAAAAGGAUCACAUUAGCUGAUCUAUUCCUUGCUGAUUCUGAUGUUAAGACGAAACUUGAUUAUUCUGCAGCCAAAGUCUUGGUUGAGUCAAGUGAAAAACCAAAACUUAAAGCAAAAAAUGGAUUUUCUUUUGCUAAGAAGAUUAUUCCCCUUGUUAAGGAAAAUGCACGUCCAAUGAAAGACAUCAAGAAACUGAUGAAGAAGAUGCUAAAGAGGAAAAUUCAUCCAGAUAUUGAUCUCAAGAAUCACAAAGCAGAAGAAAACAUUAUUAAUAACCACAUGAAUGAAGGCAAUGGCUCAAGGUCUUUUAUCGCAGUUUAAGGUACUAGCUAGUGUUGAGCCAUGGGAGUGUCACUGUUAUCUGGACAUGUAUAUUUAUUUAUGAUACGUAUGAGAUUAAAUACUUAGGUUUUCUUUGUGUCUCAUAUGACCAAAGAAUUGAACCAUGUGAUUUUGUAAUUUGUGUGUUCAUGUUGUUUCUGUUGGCUUUAGUUUACGUAAUUAAGAACAUGUCUGUUAUCUGUGACUAAAUAUAUAUGGUUGAUGUUUAAUUUGGCACUA